GAUUCUCCCAGUGUGGAGGCACCUUGUGAACAGCUUCAUCCUGCCCUCAAAACUGCCAUAGAUGAGUGAGCCCUUUCUAUUGCCAUCAGACUGGUUAAUAAAGUGGUUAAACUGAUGCCUGUGGUUCUCUUGGUUUCUGUCAUUUUGAGUUAAAGGCGUCAAUGGGCAUCCAGCAGGAGCUGCCCACUCAAGGUGGGAGGGGUGGAAGCUGUUGUCAGCAUGGGACCUUGAAAUCCAUGAUAUCAGGGGAGAAAUUUCAAUGGGGACAGUGUGGGCAGGGACCUCUGGGCUGGAGCUGGCCAUGGUAGAGGGCAGGGAAGACAUUCUGAGUGGCUCUGAGAAAGGAAGACCUUUGGUCACCAGAAAGUAGUCUGUGGGUGUUCCAGGAAUGUUGGGCUUCCAAACUGAUACUGGCAACAUGGGACAAUCUGAUGAACAUCACUUAGCUGAAAAACUAUUUAUAGUAGGGGAGGCCUGAAGUCAGAAAGUGAGGGUAAUGGAUAUGGGGUAGGGAACAAGACAGGACAAUAAUGGCAAGAAUUGUAAGAGACAAGAGAGUUUACAUUAAAACUGACCAGAGAUGAAGAAAGAAAAGUACAAAACAGGAAUUAUGCUCAUGUUGAUGUUUUUGUUAUUUAUCUAUACACUGCCUCAUUCUAAAAGAUGAAUUGUCCAUGGAGUAUUUGCUUGCAUAUUUGUGCAUAUUUUUCUGUACUCUAUUUUGAACACUACUAAAUUGCAAUCAUAUCUGAAACAAAUGAGUUGAUCUACAACAGGCAAGGAAAAAGUACUUAGUGGCUAGUAAUUAUGAAAAAGGAUGUAUUUAUAACUUUUUAAAAAGAUGAUCUUUACAUAUUUUGGUACCAUGAUUUAUUUCAAUUUAUUGAAAGAACAGUAAUGAAAUAUCAGUUUCUGAAUAUAUCCUUUGAAAGAAUCAACAGAAAUGUGUAAUUCAGUCCUAAAUAAUGAAUAUAAAAUAUAUGCAUUUUUUUCUAAGACAGGGUCUCAUUUUGUAGUUUAGGCUAGCUUUGAACACACUGUGUAGUCCAGGUUGGCCUCGAACUUGUGACAACCCUCCCACCUCUGCUUGCUUAGUGCUGGGUUAUAGGUGUGUGCCACCAUGCACAGCAUACAUGCAGUUUUAAAAAUUACUCUCAUACAGUUUUAAAUAAGAAAUAGAAUUCAUAUCAAGUGUUGCAGCAAUCAGCACUUUCCCCUAAGGGACCCCAUUUGAGGAGUUUAUGGUUCAUUACCUGUUAAUUUGACAAUUCACCCACCUUGUGGUACAGAGCAGGCUUUAAUAACCAGCUGUGUCUGUCGCCACGUCUAACUCAUGUGCUCCGACAUGCUUACUCACAGUGCAUUGGAGCCUAGUACUCAGCAGACUGUUGGAUUCUGGACCACUGUCAGUGAGAAUCACCAUUUACCAGCUCUUGUGAAAAAAGGAAAAGUGCUAUACAGAGGAAGGAGGCAGGAAAAGAUGACCCCACCAGACAGGUCUCAGUGUAUGCCAAUUACAAUAGAACUCUAUUAAUUUCAGUAAUCUGUCAAUACUUGCCAGAGGCAACUUUAUAUGCAGAAUAAGAAAUGAAAGUAUUUCUGAAUUCCACAGACAUGUGUAGAGAAAUAGACCUUAGAUCCUCACCUCUACAAUUCAAUCAUAGGUAAACUCCAAAUAUGAAAGAAUAAAAUCUACUGUUUUCUGUAUAAAAAGCUGUUAUAUUGUUAGUGUGUAUGAAAUUCUUAAUUUACUUGAUGAAAAAAAGAAAGAGAAAAACAUAAAGGCAGAUAAGCUAGAUUUAUUUCCAUUUCUUUUAACUAACAGAGGCUAGAUUUCUACUUAUCAUCUGCAGGAGUCUCCAGAUUCUCUUAGAUCCUGAAGCCAGAUUCCCAACAGUUUGGACAAUAAUAAGAAUAACCGGCUGAGAGCAAGGCAUUCAAAUUAAAAAUAAACACCUUAAACUUGGAGGGUGAAAGUGAAUUACAAAAUAAACACUGAAAUUACACUCAGAAAAAGCAAUCAGUAAAGUCCUGGUAUGCUUUGAAUACACAUAGGAGAGUCAAGAAAAUACAGUCUUGGUCUUUAACUGAGCAUAUGGGAUACACUUGUGUUAUGAUUAUUAACAGGUAGAUCCACUGGGAUAAUAGAUGUGGUCUCCAAGACAGUUGUAUGAUAUUUUCAAACAGCUAAAUCAUGAUAUCCACCCAGAUAGUAAAUGAAAAUAUUUUGCAAGAAUUUCUUUAACUUAUGAGACAAUUAAAAGAUAUUCAGGUUGCCACCAGAGUGGGGACAGCCAGACCCAAGCCAUUCCCUGUGAGGCAGCAAUAUUAACAGACUGCAGGGAGAGCGAACAAGGCCAAACCAAGAAUCAAACUGCCCUGCAAAGUAGUGCCAUGUGUGGGCUGCCACCAGAGUGGAGAUAGCCAGACUCCAACCCCAACAGACACGUGGGCUGGCAUAUAAGAAAUACUGUUCCCCACCUCCUCCCAUAUAUAACCAGCUGAUCUGGAGAAGCAAAGGCUGUGAUGAUAGUUAUGGAAAUGAAAUUCAAUUUGAUGCUUGUGGUAUUUUGGUGUUUCACUGACCUUGCAGGUCUAGAGACAGUGGUUUGAUCAUCUGUUCAGAGGAUAGUGGUAGGCGAUGUGGCCUCUAGGGGUAUUUCUUUCUGAGCGUGGUAGCCAUUUUUUGUUUUCUGUUGUCUUGUUUUGGGGUCUUGUUUCAUUUUGAUUGUUUUGUUGGGCUGGGUUUUAUUUUCUUAAAUUUUUCUUGAUUUUGUUAUAUCCAAUGGCAUGAGCAGCUGUUUCAAAGACAGCGAGAUAUAUUAUGGUAGCCAUUUUGGAUUUACUAUUGGGUCUUUUGAAAUACUUUAUGGUAUUCAUUCUUUGGUUUCAAUGUUUUCAUUUUUUUCUGUUUUGUUGGAUUUUUACUAUGUCUGAAGGUAUCUGCAGUGAUAUUAAAGACAGAAAAGGGCAUUAUGGUAACUAGCACUGAUUUUGUAAUGUUUUGAAGUCUUAUAUCAAUUACACUGAGUUUUUAAUUUUUUUUCUGUUUUAUUUUCCUUGAAUUAUCUUCUCUAAAAUAAAAAUUUAAAAAAAGAUAUUACAGGAAGUUUGAAAAAGCAGCCAAAGAGCAGAAGGAAGUAGUUAUAAUAAAUAUUAAAAAAAUUUUAUAAAUGGAUGCAAAAUAGUUUUCAUUACACCAUGGUCAGGCAGAAAAAUAUACCUCUUACUGGACAAAGCAUUUAGCAUGUCUAGCUAAAGUAUUCUAAGAAAUUAGAGGGUGCCAGCAGGGAACCUUAAGCGAUGUGUUAAAGAUACUGCAACAUAUUCAUUGAAACACAGUUUUUUUUUCUAAAAUGUUAAAGUAGAAAGUUAGAGUUCCUUCAAAAGUGUAUUCAUUUACUAGGGCAACCAGGCUCAUAUGCUAGACAUGCCUAGACUGAGGGAGGCCAAACCAGAGUCCAGUGGACAUCAAGGACAUCACAAAGUCCAGGCUGUCACAAAGGCAGCGCCUCACCAGUGAGAGAGAAGUUGGGGGUACAAUGUGCAGGUCUGAGUGCUGAUGGCUUUAGAGAGACCUAGUACAACUGGUGAAGCAGGCAGAGUACACCAGAGCUCCAAGCAAGCAACCAUCAUGUAUGAACAGAAGAACCAAGAGGGUCCCCACACAGACAGCAAUGAGCAGGAAGGCCCUGCUUCCAGACCUCAGCAACAGUUACGUGUGAGUGAUAUGCCCUGUACUCUGCAUGAAGAACUUGACCCAUGCUUGUCAUCCACCACAUCAGAAUUUCUCCACGCUAUGGUCAAAUCACUUACUGACUACAUCUUGAUGCUGGUAGGCUCUGAGGGCAAUAACGAGGUCAGGAUGCCCACCAUCCCACAAAAAAGAGAGAGAGAAGCACACAACAACCAUGAGCAUCCUCCUAUCAUCCUGGACGUGUCCUUCUCUUACUCGGAUGAGAAACCUGGGUCCAGAAGAAAUGGUUGAAAUUGAUUAGCAGAGCAUAGUGGGAUGCCUCUGAGGCUUAACUAGAGCUAGGAUGUCUCAUGGAAGAAGUGGCCCCACUGUUGUCAUCAGCAAAUGCUAAUAAAGGCUUUAAAUCAUGGCAUUGGUUUUGAUUUUGUUUCUGUCAUUUUGUGAAGGAGGUGUCUGAAGGGCAUUGGGAAGGCCUGCCACAGAGAAGGUGGACGGGUGGGCUGAGGGAAUGGUUGGGAGGGAAGUUGUGGUCAGGUAAGGUCUUUGAAUCAGUGAUUUCAGGGUUGUGGUUUCAAUGGGAAAGAUACAAACGGUGGUCUCGGUAAGAGGUGGCUGUGGUAGAAAGCAGAAGAGAUAUGUUUAAUAGUUCUGAAUGAAAAAAGGCCCUCGGAGGCCAGGAAUCUGAGUGGGGAUCUCCUAGGCAUGUUGGAUUCUCAGCAUGACACUGGCAACUGGGGCAGAGCUUAAGACUAUCACUAAGGUGGGCAAGGCUUUUUUAUGGUUCGGAAGGUCUGAAUCUAAAGGUGGUGUGAAUGGAUGUAUGGUGGGGGACAUUGGUGGGAAAAUAAUUUCAAGAACUAAGACAGGAGCUUUUACAUGAAGACUGAGCUGUGAUGGGUAAAUAAGAAGGAAAAGUACAAAACAAGAAUUAUGCAUAUUGAUUUCUUUUAUCAUUUAAUGGUAUAAAGUCUUAUCAUAAAAGAUGAGUUGAUAUGAGAAAUAUUUGCUUGCAUAUUGAAAACAAUUCUCUAUUCUCUCUUUUUGACACUGUUAAAUUGCAGUAGUAUCUGAAAUGAAUGGUGUCACCUAAGACAGGCAAGUAGUUCAUAGUAAUUAUUAAUUACAAAACAACGUAAGUAUUUAAUAUAUUUUCUUGAAAAUGCAAUCAUCAACCUCAUAUUUGUAUGUCAUCACAUACUGACCAGAUCUUUGAAAGAACAGUGAAGAAAUACCAGUUUCUAAAUACAUCCUUUAAGAGGAUUAACACUAAUAUAAGUAAUUCUGUCCUAAAUGAUUAUGUCAAAGUACAUGCAUUUUUAUGAACAUAUUCUCAUAGCUUUGAAUAAAAGUUAGGAUUCACAUGAACUCUUGCAGCAUUUGUGUUGUCUUUGAGGAACCCCAUUUGAAUAUUUCACUUGGUUCCUCCAUGCUACCCUCUGCUGCCUGCUGUCAUUUCACACAGAGCUGCUUAGUGGCUGCCCAGUUGGCUUCCACAACAGAACCAGAACGCCUGAGCUUCAGAUUACAGUGCACCACAGUAUGGCCCUGUGAUCUUCUGCACCCUUUGAGCACUAGCCAGUUUUUCCUCAUGUUUUAGGUGAAAGAUAAGAGUCCUUCUAUCAUUAGAAAGGUAAGAGUCCUUCUAUCGUUACAGUCUUCCCAACUGUAAGUCCACGUGUACUUGUAAACUUACCACUUCAGCCAUUCUGUGGUACAGAGAAGCCUGUAAUAACAAGCUGUAUCUGUCCCCAUCUCUAACUCACAUGCUCAGACAUGCUUACCCACAGUGCAGUGGGACCUGGACCGCAGGUAAAUGUUGAGUGCUGAAUCACUGGCUGUGACAACCACCAAGUGUUGCCUCUUGAGAAAAAACAGGCAAUUGCCAUGCAAAAAGAAAAAGCAAGAGGAGAUGGCUUCACCAGGAAGUUCGCUCUAUAUGCCAAUUAGAAUAGAAUUCCAUUAAUUUAUACUAUGCUAUUGUUUAUCAAUAUCCUCCAGAUGUAGGAAAACUUUACAUCCAAAAUCAAGAACAAAAAUAUUUCUAUCCAGACGAGAUAUAAGGUACCAAUAAUCCUAGCACUUGGGAGGCUUAGGCAGGAGGAUCUCCAUGAGUUCCAGAUCAGCCUGGGCUAAAAAGCGAGUUCAAAGCCAGCCCGAACCAUACAAUGAAACCUUGUCUCAAAAAAAGACCCCCCCCAAAAAAAAGAUAGUAAAAUAUUUCUGAAUUCCAGAGACAUGUGCAGAGAAAUAGAUAUUAUAACUUCACCUCUACAAUGCAAUCAUGGUCAACUGCAACCAGGAAAGAGCUAAAUCUGGCUGCUGUGUAAGAAUGUUGUUCUAUUUCCAGUGUAUAUGAAAUUUUUAAUUGACUUGAUGAAAAAAGACACAAUGUUAUAUUUACAUCUUUUUUCAUCAAAAGAGACAGGGAAAGAAAGUGCUCUAAAGGAUAUAACUGCAAGUAUGUUUAGGGGUGUAAGAUAGAUGACCAUAUUACUAAGUUUUGUUGAAUCGUUGAACAGAACUGUUUGCAGUCUCACUGUUUUAAUGUCCACUUGUAUGCUUUAAUUUUGUAACUUGAACAAAAGUUUCUAAGAUGACAAUAUGUAAUUUAUCAGUUAGUGAUUUCUUAGUGUUUUUUUUAAUUCUACAUUAUUUCUACUUUUUUUCUGCUUUGCUUUUUUGUCUUUAAAUAAAAUUUUUAAAAAAGAAAAGAGACAAAUAGAAACUCAAAACCUGACAGAUGAGAUUAUCUCUCAUAUUUCAUCCAAUGGAGAUUACAUCUUAAAUGUUUGUAGAAAUCUCCAGAUGGUUAGAGCCUGAAAACAGAUUGCCACUUAAUUUAUCAGUAAUAAAAAUUACUGGUUGGGAAGAAGGGAUUAAAAGCAAAACAAACAUGAAACUAGUAGAACAGAAAAUUUAAUUAUAAAAGUAGACAUUGGAAUGACAAUCAGAAAAAACAGAUUAAGUAAAGUGCUACUUUGCUUUGGAUGUAUCUUGAAGAGUGAAAAAAAGACAGGCUUGUGCUUUAAAUGAGCACCAUUGGCUGGUCUGUGAUAUGAAUGUUUAUGGGUGAAUCAAUUGGGUAAAUAAAUGUGGCCUCUGAAACAGGCAUAGGGUAUUUGCAAACAGUUCAUCAUGCUAUUCAGUAAUAUUUCAAAUUGAAUUACUCUGAAAGAUUGUGUUUAACUCAUGAGAGAAAUGGCAAACAUAAACACCCUGAGAGUCUAUAGACAAGACCUAGAAAUAUUUAUUAAAAAUAUUUGAGUAUGUUGGUCAAUGGAAGCAAAAUUGAUUUUCCCUCACCUCGAUCCCAAAGACAAAUUGGGUUGUAAUGGGCAAAGGAUUCAGCAUGUGUGUCAGCAACCAGUGGUUUACAAAAGAAUCUGAAAGAGGGCAAAGAUAUUGUGCAGCUAGGAUCAGAAAAUGUGAAUGGUGUGCUGAAAACAUGGCAAUGCUUCAAUUGAAACACUUUUUUCUAGAGUGUUAAAGUAGAAAGUUAGUUCCUUCAAAAGUGUAUUCAUUUCCUAGAGAAACCAUGAUAAUAUUAUAGGCAUGACCAGGCUGAGGGAGGCUGGACCAGAGUCCAGUGGACAUCAAGGACACCACAAAGUCCAGGCUGUCACAAAGCCAGCGCCUCACCAGUGAGAGAGAAGUUGGGGGUACAAUGUGCAGGUCUGAGUGCUGAUGGCUUUAGAGAGACCUAGUACAACUGGUGAAGCAGGCAGAGUACACCAGAGCUCCAAGCAAGCAACCAUCAUGUAUGAACAGAAGAACCAAGAGGGUCCCCACACAGACAGCAAUGAGCAGGAAGGCCCUGCUUCCAGACCUCAGCAACAGUUACGUGUGAAUGAUAUGCCCUGUACUCUGCAUGAAGAACUUGACCCGUGCUUGUCAUCCACCACAUCAGACUUUAUCCAUUUUAUCCAUGCCAUGAUCAAAUCACUUACUGACUACAUCUUGAUGCUGGUAGGCUCUGGGGGCAACAUCGAGGUCAGGAUGCCCACCAACCCACAAAGCAGAGAGAGAGAGAAGCACACAACAACCAUGAGCAUCCUCCUAUCAUCCUGGAUGUGUCCUUCUCUCUUUGGAUGAGAAACCUGGGUCCAGAAGGAAUGGAUGAAAUUGAUUAGCAGAGCAUAGGGGGAUGCCUCUGAGGCUUAACUAGAGCUAGGAUGUCUCAUGGAAGAAGUGGCCCCACUGUUGUCAUCAGCAAAUGCUAAUAAAGGCUUUAAAUCAUGGCAUUGGUUUUGACUUUGUUUCUGUCAUUUUGUGCAGGAGAUGUCUGAGGGGCGUUGGGAAGGGCUGCCAUAGAGAGGGUCGAUGUGUGGGCUGAGGGCAUGUGUGGUCGGGAAGCUGUGGUCUGGUUAGGUCUUUGAAUCAGUGAUUUCAGGGUUGUGGUUUCAAUGGGACAGAUGCAAGCAAUGGUGUAAGGGGAAGGUGUGGUUGUUUUAGAAAGCAGAGGAGAUAUGCUUAGGGGUUCCGAAUGAAGAAGACGUGGGCCAGGAAUUUGAGUAGGGAUUUCCCAUGCAUGAUGGAUUCUCAGCAGGACACUGGCAAUUGGGGAGGAGCUUAAGACUAUCACUGAGGUGGUCAGAUAAGCAAAGCAGACAUCAUGUCAUAAAGGAGGUGAUGGCAACAGAUGUAGGCAGUGGCGAAGAAUGUUUGGAAGAAUUGAAUUGUGCAGGAACAAAAAUUUAUGUGAAGACUCAGGUGCAAUGGCAAAAUGGGAAGAAAACAGACAAAUAAUGAAUGUUUUCUGGUUGAAUUGUGUAAUUAUUUUCUGUACACUGCCUCAUUCAAAAAGAUAAAUUCAUGUAGAAAUCAUUUGCAAGCACAGUGAAUGUAAUGUUGUGUCCUCUAUUGUGGACAAUUUAAGAAUUGGUUCAUCAAUGACAUGUAAUAAUAGCACUACCCAAGGCAGUAUUUAGUGAGAAUUACUUAUUAAUAAAAACAUGUGUUUAUAACUAUAUUUACUUUAAAACGCAGCCAUGAAUCUUUCUUUGGGUAGCAUCCUUUAUAAAAGAUAUUUAGAAGAAUAGCAAUGAAGUAUUAGCACUAGGAUAUAUCCUUUGAUAGGUUAUUAUGGUUUAUGUGUAGAUGUUCACCCAAAGCCUCAUGUGGUGACAGGUAGGACUUUUUGGAGAUGGUUGAAUCUAGAGUGUGUGAUGCUGGGAUUAAGAGUUUGUCUACCCAAUCAGUAUCCUAAUUGGUUUGGCACUGCCAUGAUUCCAGUAGCUUGGAUACAAUUUAAGGAACAAAAUGAAGUUUGUCUUCUCCCUUCCUUGUUCACUUUUGCUCUCUUCUGCUGCCCUAAAUUGUCUGUCUUCUGGGAUCCCCCCUCUGCCAAACCAUCCUUCCUAGGAGUUAGAAGAUUAAUGACUGGGACCUCUACCAAUUGUGAGCUAAAUAAACCUUUUUCUUUUUAACUUUCUCUGUUGGCUGUUUUGUUUCAGCAAUGAGACCAAAAGUAACUGAGACAGAGGUUUAACUAGAAAAUGUGUAAUUCUCUCCCAAGUGAUGAACUCAGUAUAUAUAGUUCUUAUAGACAUGCUCCUGUGCAGUUUUAAAAAGAAUUCAUAUCAAGUGCUGCCGCUAUCUUCACCUUACCCCUGAAAGUCUCCAUUUGAAGAGUUCAGUAUUCAUCAAGUCCUCCAGUGUUACCCUCUAUUGUCUGUUACCCAUUCACACAGGAAUAAUCAGAAAUUUCCCAGUCAGCUUCUAUAACAGAACCAGAAGAACCAGGUUUCAGAUUUCAGUGUAGGACCAUGUGACUUGCAUGUUCUACUCCUCUCUCUGAACAAAAAUAAGUCUUUCCUCAGAGUAAGAUGAGGAAUAUAAGUCCCUCCAUCUGGGAAUUUUCCCAAAUUUAAGUCCUAUUGUACUGAUAAUCCUGCCAGUUCACCCAUUUUUUGAUACAAAGCAUCAUUUAGUACCAAGCUAUAUGUUUUCUCUCCUCUAAGUAUGUAUUCAGACAUGCAUACCCACAGUUCAGUGGGCCUAUUACACAGGAAAUUGCUGGAUUCUGAGACCACUGGAUGUGAUAAACACCUCGUGUCACCUCUUAGAGAAAAACAAUAGAAGGCUGUGCAGAGGAAGAAAUCAGAAGGAGAUGGUCACAACAGGGAGGUCUCAGUAUAUACCAAUUAAAACAGAAAUCCAUUAAUUUUAGUAACAUUAUAAUCUAUCAUUACACUCCAGAGGUAGGAAAACUUUGUACAGAACAUCUGAAGUGGAAAUAUUUCUGAAAUUACAGAGAUAUAUUCACAUAGUAAAAUAGAGCUUAUAACAGACCUACAAUUCAAUCUUGUGUCAGAUGCAAACAGAAAAGUAUAAAAUCUCCUGUUCUGCAUAUCAGAAAUGUUUGUUCUUCCCAUUAUUACGCAAUUCUUCAUAGAGUUGGUCAGAAUACAUGAAUAGAAAAAUAAAACCACACAGUAAAUUUUUUUCUUGUCUUUUAUCCACCAGAGAUCAGAUUAAUAUUAAUCAUUUUAGAAAUCUCCAGAUGGUCAGAUCCUGAAACCAGAUUCCCAGCCAUGUUGUCAAUAAUUACAGUAACUGGUUGAAAGCAAAGAAAUAAAUAGAAAACAAAUUUUAAAAUUAGUUUAAAAAGUGAAUUAUAUAUUUAAAUAUUGAGGAUCUAACUGAGCUCAGCCAAUAUGGAAAACUCAGUGACCCAAGAAUGCCCUAUAAGUUAUGCACAUGAUAUGCAGGUGCAACCAGCAGCGUGGAAUACUCCAAAGCAGAAGUGAGCACAUUAUCUAUCGUUUGGUAAGUUAGGUGAACUGGGGUUGUUCUUUGGCACACAAACAGGAAGAAUAGAAGUGAGUGGUUGGGGUUGACUUUUUUUAAAAAAUCAAAGGGCUCUAGGAGAGCUUCAGCAACAGAAGAUCAGUCCCAGGUCCCACAUGCUUAGGCCAAGAUCAGCCCCUUAUUCAACAUAUAUCCCGCUGAUAACUUUGCUGGAGCACACAUUUCUGGGAUCCAACUUGGACCUACCACAGAACUGUAGAUAUCAAAUGAAUUUUAUUUAAUUUUUCUCUGUUUUUCUGAUUUGUUUUGUAUUUGCUUUUGUUUUUUUGUGGUUUUGGGUUUUGUGUUUGUUUUCUUUUCUCUUUCCUUCAAGACUUAGACUUCUUAUCUUUCAUUUUGUUUUCUUCCACAUUUCAGUUUGCUCUCCUAAACUAUCUCACUUGAUUUUAUGAUACUUUCAUGUGAGUUAACAUUAUAUCUUCCAUUUCUGGUUUGCUUCAGUGCUCCUUUGCUUUCUCUUCCAUUCUUUCCCUCUUGUGGCCUAUAGUUUCCCAAAAUUGGAGUGAUCAUCUUUUGCCCUCUAGCCUUGGUGCUACGGUAUUUGACCUCAUUCAUCUCCCUGUCUUGGCCCCUAUUCCUCCUAAUUCCCUCCCCACAACAGGGAUUAAAAUCUCUCCACUAAAGGGAAAAUAACUGCCUAUAAGUUACUGGUAUAUGCUGCAUUUUGUUAUAUAACUAUAGAAUUUGCUCCUGUGUUUAAAAUUAUCAGCCUAAUGGUUACCACAGAUUUUCAGUUGCCAAGAUGUGCUGGAGACUAUUGUUUUUGCUAACUAUUUUAGCCAGAAUGUCAUAACAAUUACAGCCCACUUAUCUCCCUUAUAUAACAACACUAUGAAUGUGUGGGAUCACAACCAUCGCCAGCACCAUAGUCCAGUACCAAAGGACAGGUGCUUAGCCAAAUAGAUAGCAAAUUCUCAUUUUUAAUAAAUUUGGAAGGCAGGUUCUUCAAGUACAAGAUAAAGACCAAGAAAAAUCUACAUCUAGAAGGCAUCCCCGAGGAAUAGACAUUCCCUGGGAAGCCUGGAUAUUAGAGAUAAUGACAUCUACUAUAAGAUAUCCACAAGUAUUAACAGAAAAUAAAAUAGAAAAUGAUAAGAUUUGUAACAAAAAUGCAACUCCAGAACCCUGGCCAAACCAAGACAAGUGCAGAGCACAAUGAGAUAGAGAAAAUUGGAAGCUAACCACUAGAACUUUCUGAAAUGAUAGCAAUAGAAGAUGCUAUAGAAAAAUAAUCUCUAAAAUAGAAAAAAGAAUGAUGAUCAAAACGGAAGACAUUAAAGCAAAUAAAGAUGAAAAAAAUAGAAGAGUUCAGGAAAAUGAUAGAAACUAUGACUGUCCAAAAUAGGGAAUAAAUGGAAUUCACAAAAGAUAUUUAAUCAUAAAUCCAGGAGAUUAAAAGCUAUGUUGAAAGUACAUGCAUCAGAUUAAAUGAAAGAAAGGGCAGAAUAUUAGAUCUAGAAAACCAGAUUAUGGCUAGUAACCAUGUAAAGAAAGACAACUUAAAAAUAGUAAAUACUAUAAAAAAUCAGUCCAACAACUACAAAAUGAAGCAAAGAACAACAUAAGAUUGAUUGAAGUCAGUGAUAAAACUAGAGACAGCAUAUAUGUCAUAAAAAAGUUCUUCAAAGAAGUAAUGAAAGAAAAUUUCUGACACAUGGACAGAGAAUUUAACAUACAAAUAAAUGAAGCAUAAAAUUCCAAAUAGCCAAGAUCAAAAUAAAUCUACACCAUGGCAAAUAAUAAUUAAGAUUCAAGAAAUUCAGCAUAAGAAUAGAAUAUAAAAACUAUUAGAAAAAAUAGUUCACCUAUAAAGGAAAGUCCAUCAGAAUCACAGCAGACUUCCCAACACCAACCCUCAAAUCAAGGAGAGUUUGGAGAGAGAUAUUUCAAGAAUAAAAAGAAAACAAACUUCAACCCAAAUCAAUGUAUACCACAAAACUCCCUUUCAGAAUCAGUGGAGAUGUCAGAUACUUCCAUGGCAAAGAACAACUGAAGGAAUUCAUGACCAUCAAACCAGCUACUUAGAAUGCUCUGAAAAAUAUAUUAGAAAGAAAAAACAAAGACCACAAGAACAGCAGUAGAAAGAAGCCACGAGGCAAGAUAAUUUAUUAAACAAAAGAGAAAAACAGGGAACCAACAAUAGGAGAAUAACAUGGAAAAGAUAAGCCAAUACAUAUCAGUUAUAGCCAUCAAUGUAAGUGGUCUCAAUUCAUCAAUCAAAAGAAAUAGACUAUAAGAACGAAGGAGCAAGAUCCAACAUUAUACUGAAUUCAAGGAACAUAUUUAACUGAAAAAGAAAUUCAAAGACUGAAAGUCAAAGGAUGAAAACAAUACUCCAUGCCACAGGAACCCAGAGAAAAUGGGUGCAGCUAUUCUUCUAUUGCAAACAGUGUGAACUUCAAGUUAGAUUGAUAAAGAGACAAAAAGGUCACCUAUAUACUUAUUAAGGGAAAACAUCAAGAAGAGAUAACAAUCAUAUAUAUAUAUAUAUAUAUAUAUAUAUAUAUAUAUAUAUAUCCCAACUACUGGUACAUUCAACAAAACAAGAUGAAUAUCAGACAUGAAAAAUAAAAUAACCUCUAACAAAAUUGUAAUAAGCAACAUUAAUAGUUGACUCUCACAGAUAGAUCAACUAGACAAAAAAUUCAACACGGAAAUAUUAGACUGAAAUAAAACUUGUGAACAAAUAUACUUAGUAGAUAUAUACAGUGUUUCACAGCACAAUAUCAGAGUACACAUUCUUCUCAACUGCACAUGGGAUGUGCUCCAAUAAACAGCACACUUAAGCCCAUAACACUUGCUCAAGUAAAUGGAAGGGAAGUGACAUCAUCCAAUACAUAUUAUCUGACAAUAGCACUGUGAAAUAGGAAAUCAACAGCAAAAGAAACCACAAAAAUUACAUAAAAACAUGGAAAUUCAACAACACCAUCCUGAACAGCCAAUGGAUCACAACAGACAUUAAAGAAGAAAAAUUCUAUCCACAAUUCAAUAAUAGUACAAAUAAAACAUACCAGAAUUCAUGGAAUGCAAUGAAAGCCAUCCUACAAAGAAAAUUUAUAGCAAUGAAUUCUCACAUCAUUAAAAAAGUGAGCUCUAAUAAACAGCCUAAUGUUGAGCUUCGGAAUUCUAGAAAAACAAGAACAAAUUAAACCAAAGUUCAUAGAACAGAAAUUAAUGCAAUUGAGAUAAAGCAAUACAAAGAAUCAAUGAGUAGAAUUGUUUUUUGAAAGAUUAUAUCAAAUAGAUAAAUCCUUAGAUGACCUCAUCAAAAAGAGAAAAGACUCAAACUUAAGCAAUUAGGAAUGAAAAGAUUAACACCACAGUGGAUCCAGAAGAAAUCCAGAUCAUCAACACCUAAUUUGAGAAGCUGUACUCUAAUAAGAUGGAAAACACAGAAGAAAUGAAUAAAUUCAUAGAAAAAUAUUAGUUGUCAAAUAAGAUCAGGAAUAUAUAAAAUUUCUAAAUAAUCCAAUAUCAGUCAAUAAAACUGAAAAUCUAAAUAAAAGCUUGCCUACAAAGAGAAGCCCAAGAGCUGAUGGACACACUGUGGAAUUCUACAAGAAAUUUAGAGAAUUAAUACCACUAAUGCUGAAAAUAUUUAAUGAAAUUGAAAAAAACAAUAAUUUCAAAAUCAUUCCUGACAUAAAAACUAGAGACUCAACCAGAAAGGAAAACUACAGCCCAAUCUCCCUAGAGAACACAGACAUAAAAAUUGUCAACAAGAUACUGAAAAAUAGAAUGCAACAAGUUGUCAAGAAGAUUAUAUACCAGGACCAAGUAGCACUCAUUUCAGGGAUGCAGGGAUGAUUAAACAUAUGCACAUCAAUAAAUAUGGUACAUCAUAAUAACAGACAAAAUAAAAAUCACAUGAUCAUCUCAAAAGAUGUAGAAAAAGGAUUUAACAAAGUCCACUGUGCGUUCAUGAUAAAAACUACACAAAAUUGGGAUAGAUGAUCUUCAUCUCAAUCUGAUAAAAGCUAUCUAUGACAAGCUAACAGAUAGCAUUAUAAUAAAUGGUCAGAAAUUGAAAGGUUUCCCACAAAAAUCAGGAACAAGACCAGGAUGUCCACACUCACCAUUAGUAUUCAAUAUAGUUUUGGAAAUAUUAGGCAAAACUAUUAGACAAAAGAAAAAUAAAAGGAAUAAGAAUAGGAAAGGCAGAAGUUAAUUAACCAUUAUUUCAAAAUGACAUGAUACUCUACAUAGAAGACACUAACAACUCCCCCAAAUGACUUAUAGAUUCAAUAACUGAAUUCAAUAGAGCAGCUGGUACAAAGUCCACGAUCAAAAAUCAAUAGCUUUCUUGACAACAGACAACAAACUCACCGAAAUUAUGGAAACUAUACUCUUCGCAGUAGCAUUAAAAAAAGGAAAUAUUUAGGGAUCAAUCUAAUAAAGGAAAAAAACCUCAUGUAUUGAAAAUUAUAGUAUUCUGAAAAAAGAAAUUAAAGAUAUCAGAAAAUGGGGAGCUAUCAUUUGCUCACUGGUGGGAAGAAGCAACAAUGAAAAUGGCCAUGCUCCCAUAAUUAUUAUACAGAUUUGAUGCAAUUCCAGUCAAAAUUCUAUUAGCAUAUUUCACAGAACCAGAGAAAACAUUCCUAAAAUUCAUUUGGAAACAGAAGAGACCUCAAAUAAUAAAAGCAAUUCUGGGCAACAAAGGCAAGUCAGAAAGCAUCAGAAUCCUUGACUUGAAAUUAUGGUACAAAAGUACUGUGAUAAAAUUAGCAUGGCACUGUCAAAAACAGAUCUGAGGAUCAAUGAAAUACAUUAGAAGAUACAGCCAUAGCAACAAACACACUCAGCCUGCUUAUCUUUGACAAAGGAGCCAAAAAUGUUCACUGGAAGAGUUUCUUUAAUAAAUGUUUCUGGGAAAACUGACUUUCUGCAAGCCGAAAAUUGAACUAGACCUAUGUCCAUCACCAUGCACUAAACUAAAAUCAAAAUGGACUGAAGAUCUAAAUAUUAAUGUAGAAACAUUAAAUCUAUAGGAAGAGAAAAUAGAGAGAAAUCUUAAAGUCAUAGGCAUAGGAAGAGACUUCAUGAGCAAAGCUCAGAUCAAAAGGGAAAUACUGCAUGGAAUGAACAAGUGGGAUGUCAACUUAUUAAAAAGAUUUUGUACAAUAAAAUAAAUCAACAGAGUGAAAAGACAAGCACAGAGUGGUCAAAAAUUUCAUCCAAUUGUCCCCCUGAAAAGGACUUAUAUCUAGAACAUAUAAAGAAUUGAAAAAUACGAGACUCCUCAAAUUCAAAGACCCAGUCCAGUCCCUCCCAUCGUGACUACCAGGAUUCAGGAGAAAAGCAACAUGCAAAGACACAGAGACCUACAGAUGUCAGCCACACAUGAGGGACUCCAGCUAUGGUGCGCAGGAUGGAGAGGCAGGACUAGUGAAGUGGAAUUUUCAGAAGGAACUGGAGCCAACAAGUGAGAUCAGCAACUAACAGGGGAAAAAGCAGGGACUUAGCAACCAGAUAUGUCUGGGGAAUCCAGGUAUCUAUACCCUCUCACCACACUGUGGGACCAGCAACCAGCACCAGAACAGUCCAGGACAGUAAUCAGUCAUUUUCUCCCAUUUUUUCUUUUCUUUCUUCUUGUCUUUUGUUUUCUUUUUUGCUCUUUUUUUCGUUCCUCUGAUCUUUCUUUUUUCAUUUUUUAUUUUUUAUUUUAAAGAGAUUAAGACAAAACAGGACAUAGCAAAACAGAUCAGAAUAGAAAAAUGUAAGCAACACAGUCUUUCACAAGAAGACAACCCGUAAUUAACAGUAAUUACCAUAAUGUCUCUUUCUUUGAAAUAGUUUAACAUAACUUCAAAUACAAUAGUAUCAAACAUAGCAAAAUAGUAUAAAACCAUUCAAGAGAAUGAAAGUGUUACAGGGCAUUCAGAACCAAGUAACAGAAAAUGAACAAUUUUCCAUAGAAAAUUUGUUUAUACUAUCACACGUAAUACAAUCCAAUAAGAUACCACACGAUAGAACCAAUGGAAACAGAAGAACAAAAGCAUGGUAGGACUUCAGAGUAAGAUGAUAUUAAAUCAGCACUGGCUAUUAUAAUGACUUGUUUUCUUCAAAAUAGCUGUUCAUACCAUCACAGAUAAUAAAAUCAAACAAACCAGGAUAAAACCAUUCCAACUAAUGAAUGCAAUUAUUAUAAGGCUUCAAAGCAACGUAAUUGGGAAUCAUGAUUACCAUAAACCCUUUUAUGUACUCAUCAUUUCUUACACUAGGGAGACUAUACGGUUUUUAUACAUGUGGGUUUGAUUUAUUUCACUUAUGAGUAUGGUCUCAAGUUGCAUCCAUUUAUUUAUAAAUAUCUCAAUGUGAUCAUUCUUUAUAGCUGAGUAGUACCCCAUUAUAUAGAAAUACCACAACUUUUUUAUCCAUUCCUCAGUUGAUGGACACUUGGGUUGUUUCCAAGAUCUGGCUAUUACAAAUUCUGCUGCUAUAAACAUAGGUGCACAUAUGUCACUGUGGUAUGAUGCUUUCAGUUCUUCUGGGAAUAUGCUGAGAAGUGGAAUAGCUGGGUCGAAUGGGACUUACAAUCCUAGAUAUUUUCAUUUUUUCUAAUCAGCUGGGGAGAAUUCUAGCCACUCAAAACUAAUCUUAUUCCCCAAACCCAGAUGCCAAGUUCAGAUAUUCCCUCAAAUACUUUCCUUCUUUCUUUUCUACCCACUUCUCCAGUUUCCCAAACCUUACAUAACCACCCUUUGCCCUCCAGCUUUCUUCUUUCAGGUUAUCUUUAUUUUAUGUAUUAUCCUCCCUAAAUUUCCUCACUACCGGGUAAAACCACUUUACCAAGGUGAGACACCCUGCAAAUAAA